AAAUUACGCGUAUUUAGUUACGUCCUUCGCAUUCACGAAUUGCGUUCUAUUGUUUAUUGUUAUUAGCUGCAAAUACUCCUUAAAUCAACCUGUUUUGAUUUGUCAUUCACAAGUCACACGAUUUGAUCAUGUCGAAGGUAUCGUGCACAAUCAUUUUGUCAGUGGUCGCAUUGUGCUCUCUAUCCAUAGCGGCUCCAGAUGACAUCUACCGCGAUAAGGAGAACGUGCUUGAAGCCAACGGUUUUGGAAACGAAGAAGUCAAAAAAUCUAAUCUGAUUACAAAAUGUUAUGAUGAGGAAACAAAAUCAGCCUACAAAGUAGACUCUGUUUGGUAUCCAGUGGGAAAAUGUGAAAAAAGAACUUGUUCUAGGCAAAAUAACUCAAAAACUCCAAUUAUAAAAACUAUAGAAUGUGAGCCGUGCACUUCAUGCAAAUUGCCUAAUCAAAUAUGCCACCCACUUCGUUCUGAUAAAAAUUAUCCUAAGUGUUGUUCACAGUGUUUAACAAAAUCCGCUAUACUUAUGAAAACAGAAUCAAGGAAAAAAUACCAAAACGUUUAAAUAUUUUCUAAUUAUUGUUGUAUUCAUUCAACCCUAUUAUUUAUCAUGUAUAAAAUAUAAGUACAUUGUACUAUAAAUAUAUUUUAACUUUAAUACAGUGUA